AGCUUCCUCCCCACUUGAACAAGGUUUCUUCUGUUCUCCAGUCAAAAUGGUAAAUUACAUAGUGACCAUAUACACAGGCCGCCGUUUAUUUGCUGGUACAAAGAACCAUGUCUACAUUAAACUGGUGGGCACAGACAGGGAAAGUCCCCGGAAAUUGCUCCAGAGUGAAGAAAGUGAAGGCUUUGUCAUGGGGCUGAGUUCUAGUUUUCUUGUGACCUCCACUAAGCCACUUGGAAAACUGGUGCUGAUAGAACUAGAGAAACGGCAUAAAGAUUCUCAAGACUCCUGGCUUGUUGACAAGGUUGAAGUGCUGUCCCCUGAAGGAGAAACCUUCACGUUUCCUGUCUACAGCUGGCUCACUGACCGCAAUGUCCACCGGAUCAGAGAGGGAACAGCUCUGAGAGACUGUGAUGAUAAACAUGAACUUGGCCGGUACUCCAGACGGCAGGAGCUGUGGGACUCAAAUGAUACCUAUGUCUGGGGUGAGUUUGCUCCAGGACUUCCUCGCUCCAUGCAAACCCAAAAUCCAAUAAAUCCUUUUUCUCUGCCUCGUGACGACCAGUUCUCCGUUACUAAGGGUGCAGAAUUUCUCUUCACGGCAGUUUCUGGGCUGGCAGAGCUGAAACUGACCGGACUGCAAGAUCUCAAAGAGAACUGGAAGUCAAUUGAUGAUAUUAAGAAAGUGUUUCCCCGGAGACAAACUGAAAUGUCAGAGUACACCCAGGAUCACUGGGAGGAGGAUGAGUUUUUCGGGUACCAGUACCUAAAUGGAGUUAACCCCAUGAUGAUUACACUCUGCACAGCCCUGCCAGAUAACUUCCCUGUCACUAAUUGCAUGGUCUUCCCUGAUGGUAAAACUACCUUGGAAAAUGAAAUGAAGAACGGCAACAUCUUCCUGGUCAACUAUAAGAAUUUGGAUGGAAUACCUGCCAAUGUCAUCAAUGGGAAGCAGCAGUAUCUGAUGGCUCCUCUGGUCCUCUUCCACAAAACACCUGAAAACAAACUGAUGCCAGUUGCCAUUCAGCUCAAGCAGCAUCCAGCUGAAGACAACCCAAUCUUUCUUCCGACUGAUGAUAAGUACGACUGGAUGUUGGCCAAGCUUUUUGUGAGAAGUGCAGAUUUCAGUGAACAUCAGCUCAACUAUCACUUUCUGCGUACUCACCUGAUGGCUGAAGUUUUUACCAUGGCAAUGCUGCGUAACCUGCCCAUGGUGCAUCCUCUGUUCAAGCUCCUCAGUCCUCACACUCGCUACACCCUGCAGAUCAACUUCUUAGCUCGAGUUCGCCUUAUAUCCCCGCAAGGAGUUUUCACACUGUUCUCAGCCUCUGGUGGAAAGGGUCUGGUUCCAUUCGUGGUCAAGUCACUGUCCUCCAUUACCUACGACUCCCUCUGCAUCAAAAAGGACAUUGCUUACCGAGGGAUGCAGAAGGUUACCGACUUCUACUACAGGGAUGAUGGAUGUGAGCUCUGGGAUAUCCUUGAAAGGUUUGUGAAUGGACUGCUCACACUCUACUACAAAUCAGAUGCUGAAGUUGUGGAAGACUCUGAAGUGCAGAAUUGGAUUCAGGAUAUUUAUGAAAAUGGAUUCCAUUCUCAAGAGAGCACAGGAAUUCCUCAGAGAUUUACCACUGUGGCUGAGUUGGUCAGGUUUGUCACCAUGGCCAUUUUUACUUGUUCCUGUCAGCAUGCAGCUGUGAACAGUGGACAGUUUGACUACGAUGGCUGGAUGCCCAACACUCCCCUCACUCUGCAACUUCCUCCACCCACCACUAAGGGGGAAGCCAAUGAGGACACGGUACUGAAGACCCUCCCUGAUGUCAGUGUAACUGCACAGGGCAUGGCCACUGUUUGGCUUCUCAGCAAACAGUCCUCUGACUUUGUCCCUCUUGGCCAAUACCCAGAGGAACAUUUCACUGAGGAGAAACCCAGAGAGAUGAUCAAGAAAUUUCAGAGCGAGCUUCACGCACUAAGUGUAAAGAUCAAUGACAGAAACGAGAAGUUGGAAAUUCCAUACACAUACUUGGAUCCAGCGAAAGUAGAAAACAGUGUGUCCAUUUAAAUGUCAUAAAUGUGAACAUUUCACAUGGAAACUGUGUCACAAAACCAUCUAUCCUACAUAAACCAAGUUUCACACUUGAGUUUUGAUGAUAUGGCCAUAUCUGUGCACCAUUUUUCUCACCAAACAUAGCCCACCAUUGUCAAACCUAAUGAAUAAACUUUCAUUUAGCAGCUCUUUAUUCAGACAUAAGUGACUGGACUGCACAGCCAGUCUCUUGGUGAUGGAACCAUUUUACAUUCAUAAAUAAAUAAAAAAAUAAAAUAAAAACUGAAAGAUAAUCAGCGGUAUUCUGCACAGCAAUGUUUGCAUGAAUUUCCAUAUAAUGUAGUUCUGCUCAUGUCUUUAGAAAAAAUUUUGCAACAAUUGUGUUAUGGAAAAAUAUUACUCUACUAAUUCGUCUAUAAUAAAGAAGGAUAAGAUCAAACGUUCAGUGUCAAAGAAAUCACUUUAUUUGGAGCUCCAUAGAAAGAGAUAUCACUCAGACAAUAGACUGAGACGGUCUGAACCCGAAAAUACAAAUCCCAUGUAGUCUUAUGUCUCCCAUGAGAAAAUUAUGAUGCGUAGAAAGUGUUUUGGCUAGUGUCAGGAACUUAGAGAUAAUACCCCUGUGAGAAAUUGUCUCCAUUCUACUCAGGUGUUGGCCUGGCCUUCUACUCUGGACACAACACAGAACAAGUCACACUAUCUGAAAUAAAGUUAGAAACCCAUAUGAUAUAUGAAAUACAUGAAUAUAUAUGAAUAUAUAUGGAUAUAAGUAAUAUUGCCAUUACAAUUGUAUGAGUCUGAAAUCUGAUAGAGAUGUUUAAUAUCUGUUGUUAGAGCUUAUUUAGUGUCUUUUUUUGCUUGAAAGCAUAGAUAUAAGAAAGUGUAAACUGGGAAUUCAUUUUGUUGCUGUAGUGGGCUUUCAGAAAAUGCCUUUGUGAUUACUUUUGCCUUCAUGUUUUUCACUUUUUGCGUCAUAUGCAUUUAUAACCAUGUGUUUUUGAGGUAUAAUGACUUGAUGUUAAAGGCAUAUACACUGAACAAAAAUAUAAACGCACCACUUUUGUUUUUGCUCCCAUUUUUCAUGAGCUGAACUCAAAGAUCUAAAACUUUUUCUACAAACACAAAAGGCCUAUUUCUCUCAAAUAUUG